GGAGCAAUUCUCCGGAGACACACGCGACAACUCUGAUCCCAGUGUCUCUCUCCCUCCCUUUCUCUCCCUGUAUCCCGUGUUUCCCGUGUACCCGUGUGCCCUGUAAUCCUUACGGGGGUGUCUCGCCACCGGAAGGAACAAGUCCAGCCUGGUCCUCCCGCAUCGUAUCCCUAUUUCUUCCCGAAAUCACACCAUACUACUCUGCGAAACCAAAGAUGAGUGCUAGCUUCCUCGUGGCACCCGUUCGUUGCCUGGCGGCUACGCUGCUUGUGUGCUCGUUGGUGGUGCUGACGCUGCCCAGCGUCUGCACGGCACGCAACCUGCACAAGCGCUCCUUCCUCGAGCUCGGCUGCCGCGGCAACUUCGAGCAGUCUUACCUGGCCCGCCUCGAGCGCGUCUGCGAAGAGUGCUACCAGCUGUACCGUGACCCUGAGGCAUACAACCGAUGCAGGGACAACUGCUUCAAGAACGAGUACUUCCUCCAGUGUGCCGAGGCGCUGCUUCUGAAAGAUGAGAUGGACAGUCUCAAAAGCAAGGUUGAUUACCUCUACAGCCGCUGAAGUGUUUAACCAAGACAAAGAGAAAGGGGCCACUCACAAGCAAUUUAUCAGUUUAUUUCUUGCACAAUGCGCCAACCUACCACUUCAGAACAAAUGGGAAAUGCAACCAGCAUCAUCGCCACCUGAUACACACGUUUAGGAAGCCUCCUACCGUGAGAGAUCAAGCACGACCAGGUGUCUAUCUCUACAUCGGCGGCUUAUAGAAGCGCCGGCAAGGCGUAACACAUGGUGUGGUCACGUAGAGUGAUGAUCGCUACAGCGCCGCCUUGCGUCCGUCGGUGGCAAAGUUCCACUGCCUCGUCGAGGACCUUUCAUUGCGGCUCAGCUUGAACAAAAUUUCAGUGCUGCAUUGUCAGCCAUAUAUUAUUCGCGUAUAUCAUUUGUUGCUGAGUGAUGGUGGCAAAUCGAGGCUGUUGAAAAAUAAAGACUAUUAUAUGCAUAAGAAGGCUAAAUAAAAAAUCCAUAUAUUUUAUCCUUUUUAUGCCCUA